AUGGGAAAUCGCUGCGCCCUAGAACUAGAGAUCAUCUGCCACUAUUUGGAGUACUCUGGACCGCGUCAAGACUCCGGAGAGCGUUUGGGAGAAUAUUGGCUACACGACGUUCUAUCUUCACAAACGUUUUCAAGCUGCUCUUCUAUCCUAGGACGUAUGAUACCUAGAAAUCAGUUAGAGAAAAUCUUUCGUUCGGAGCAAGGCGGUCUUCGAGGUAUGGAAGUUGCGAUGCAGGAGGUUGGGAACGGCCCUUGCUCGGCGACAACCAGGAUCGAUUGCGCAGCCUUCUCCCUGCAGCUCCCACCCUGCCUCCGAUCAUGGAGCCUUGUAGCGUCAUAG